UACAGAUUAUGUGGUUGUUUUAAUAAAACUCAGAAUCUGUGGAAUUGUAUUUCUAAUUAGAUUACAUUUCUAAGUAUAUUGUGUAUGAUUAAAUCCGUAAAUUCGUUGAGCAAAAACACAAAACUCUACCCUGAAAAGUAAAGACAAAUAUUGUGUCUAUGUGCUUGUUCCACUUAAGCAACAUUUCGUCACACUGUGCUCAGGGUUUCACAUGUUCCCUCUGAGAAGGAAAACAUGUGUGUUUACUUUUUCCCUCUGUCUGCCACUCUCACUCAGCAAAGAUCACGUGCGCGGUGGAAACGGGCAGGCAGCAUCCGAUUGGCCAGACGCUGAGAGCAACCAUAAUUUGUUGACAAUGUUUGGAGUUUUCGGAUUGCAGACGCUGAGUUUUAAUCAAUGUCCCCCCUACGAUUCUGAAUGGCUGCUGUGAGUAUUGGUACUGUCGUGCUGGUUAGUGCACUGCUGUCAGGGGUUGUUUACCAUGUCACCCAGCAAGUUUUGACCCACUCUGGAGAGAGGCCCAACUUCAUCAUAAUCCUAGCAGAUGACAUUGGCUGGGGAGACCUGGGGGCAAACCAGGCCGGAGAGAAGCCCAGUUACACACCUCAUCUGGACCAGCUAGCACUGGAGGGGAAAAGGUUCACUGAUUUCCACUCCCCUGCGUCCACCUGCUCACCGUCCAGAGCUGCACUGCUGACCGGUCGGUAUGGCGUGCGUAACGGGGUCACACAUAACUUUGCGGUGCAGUCCGUUAGUGGUCUGCCUCUCAAUGAAACUACAUUUGCUGAACUUCUGCAGGAUGCUGGCUACUUCACAGCCAUGAUUGGAAAAUGGCAUCUUGGUCACAACGGUCCUUAUCAUCCUAUUAAAAGAGGAUUUGACUACUACCUUGGAAUUCCUUACAGCAAUGACAUGGGCUGUACUGACACGCCUGGCUUCGACCUUCCCACCUGUCCUCCAUGUCAAGGAGGCUCCCAACAGAGCAGCGAGAGAGGCCAGGGAUGUUACACAGACGUGGCACUGCCUCUCUAUGAGAACCAGAGUAUCAUGGAGCAGCCGCUGGACCUGUGGAGCCUGACUGAAAAGUAUACCUCUGCCGCAGUCAGGAUUCUCCAUAGUGCAAGGGAGAGGAAGCAGCCACUCCUGUUGUAUGUGGCACUUGCCCACAUGCACGUGCCACUGGCUCAUGGGGGGGUGGCUGAGGGCGAGGGGGUGUACGCAGUCACCCUCCGGGAUAUGGACCGACUGGUGGGUGCAGUCAAGGCCACAUCGGACCUCCUUGGCAAGGAAAACAGUCUCAUACUGUUUACUGGAGACAACGGUCCUUGGGAGCAGAAGUGUCAGUUUGCUGGGAGUGUGGGGCCUUUUCUGGGGCAGUGGCAGACAAGCCGAGGCGGAGGCUCGGCCAAAACAACAACAUGGGAAGGGGGCCAUCGUGAACCCACGGUGGCCUACUGGCCUGGAAAGAUUCCAGCCAACACCACAAGUGGCGCCCUGCUGAGUGGUCUGGACAUCUUCCCCACCCUCCUCUCACUUGCUGGUGUAGAUCCGCCCAAAGACAGGAAAAUCGACGGCAUCGAUAUGACGGACAUUCUGCUGGGAAAGACAGACACGGGUCGAAAGAAUCUCCUUCACCCAAAUAGUGGUGCUGCAGGUAUAUAUGGGGACCUGCAAACAGUUCGUGUGGGCUCUCACAAAGCCUUCUAUCUGACAGGUGCUGCUACAGCUUGUGGUGGAGGAGCUGGUCAGGCACAGCUUCACGACCCGCCGCUCAUCUUCGACCUGUCCCGUGACCCGGAGGAGCGCUCCCCUUUGGACCCGUGGAGUGAGGAGUACCAGGCCGCCCUGCAGGCUGUGGAGAGGGAGAGGGAAGCGCUGCUGUGGGACAUCGCCAACGAUAACGUCUCCACCGCCAACUAUGCCAAGAAGCAGGCAGCAGAACCCUGCUGCAACCAUUCACUGCCAGUCUGCAGGUGCAAGCCGCUCACACUCAGCUGAGAGGCUUAACGUGCAGUACUGUUCAAACACACAUCCAAACAUGCUCAUGCGUACGUGCACUGGUAUUUGUCUCAAAGAGUGUGUUCCAGCUUAUGAAGGGCUUAAUGUUGAAGUGAAUGUAGAAAUAAUGUGGCAAGGUAGCAAGUGUUUUGUUGUUUGUUUCAUUUAGUUUAAUCUCAUUCCAUAUUUUAAUUCUUUGUUUAUACUGAAAUCACAUGGAGCCCCCUUCAGGGGAUAUUUUGUACUGAGCCAAUCUCAUGUUCCCUCACAAUACUUACACACGACACUACCUUGCAAUACGUUUGCUUUACCUCACAAUACUUUUGUAUAGAGGCCCCGACCCCACCCCCCAAGGGUUAUGGUAGUGAUUGUCUGAGCUGAUUUUGUGUUCCCUCACAGUUCUCGUAUUACCUUGCAGUAUUUACACAUAGUAAUGCAGAAGUAUCAGCAAGGGAAUGCAAAAAACCUGACGAAGUAAUGCAGAAAUUAAAACAAUGUCUUCAUCAUCAGUUUGAGGGGAUAGUUACCUUUACUAUUAGCAAAAAAAUCAUGUAUUCUUUAGAAGUAAUGCAAAAUUAUGGAAGGGGACUGCAAAAGUAUUGUGAAGAAUUGUAAGUGAUGCCAAAAGCUAAGAAACUCAAAAGCAGUUGAAAAAACAUCACCACCAUGACCCUGCGGAGGCUCCACAGUUUGUAUCUUGUUAAUUACGUUUUCUAUUUGUGUAGAAAAAGUAUAAAUACCAUCAAUAUUAAAUAAACAAGAACAUGCUAUAAUGUAGACAUAUCUAUUUUUAUGGGUCAGUAACGGAUACAUCUAGUCAGAAUCUAAUUUCAGUACUUUUACCGCUACUUAAAAUGUGUUAUGACUGAACCUUGAAAGUGCUAAUUAACCAGUACAAUGGCACUCUGCUAGAGGAGAUGGUUUGUUGUGCGGGAAGCAUAUGAACUGAUGUUAUCCCUUUGAGGUCAUUAAUGAUUGCCUGUGGAGGGCCAAGGGUAACAAGGGGAUCAGAAAGACAUCUGGUAUUGUGAAACUAAACAACCAAGUUUUCCCAUGACCUGACUACUGAAUAUCCACACAGGUGCCCAGCCUAAAGAGGAUUUAAGAAACUUUGUGACAGAGGAGGUUGCUCUCUUGUAGUACAGAAGUGACUGUGCCUUCAUACAAUUUAAUUAUUGUAACCAUCUUCACGUACUUUUUAAACAUGUUUCUCUACAGAGACAUUAGGAUCCCUUAUUACUGUAAUACACACCUUACUGUAAUAGUUGAACACUGUAAUUAUUUGUAGUAAGUGGUGCUUGCAUAAUGACAUAUGCUGUGGCCUACCAAACUUACACUCGUCUCCACCCUGUGGUCAAGCCUGCUAGAUGUCCCUUAGCUAUUGCUCCCCAAGGCAAUAGGCUACUUUCAAGCUGACUAAACAUUCGGAUAGCCAUAAUGACAAUAAACUCUUUAAUAAAGAUGUAUUUUAAGCCAUAUCAUCUGCAAAUAAAAAACAACAACUUAGUUUAAAAGUAUAAAUGUGGAACUCUUUGUGAUUGAACAUCACCGUUUGGUCAUUGUUUUUGCUUGUGUUUCAUACUGAGGAUGCUCUCUAUUAGCUGCUCCACCUAGAGGCAGAUCCAUGUGAAUGCUAGUCUAAAUGGAUAUUUAUAACCUUAUGCUCAGACAACAGAUAGUCAAUAAUCAUCUAAAUAAUUUGUGAAUUAGAGUAAACAUAAGGUUUGGGACAAUUAUCUUAUUUUGUUGUCGCACAUGCAUUUGCAAGUAAAACUGUCAAGCAUAAUGUGGUAGAAUGAGGAUUAAAUACUACAAAGCCUACUCUUCCUACAUUCAGAAACAAACCAAAUUUGACUGAAAGAGUGGAACUUUUCUGUGAACUUUUUGUCUAUCAAGACACGAUACAUCCUUUACGUGAAGAUGAAACAUAAAAAAUCCUUGUCCUAACCAGUUAGGCUACAGCUUGGCACAUUUGGCCCUUAUAGCCCUGUUCAUUAGAAGCAGUGAUAAUGGUACACAUACAUCACAAAUGACAAUCAAACUACAGUAUAAUUGAAAUUGAAAGAAUUUGAAAUAUGAUAAUGUGGCAGCAAAUGUACUAAAUUAUCCACUAUUGGUGGUAUAUCACAAAACAUGCAUCAACAUGCACCUAGAUUUUUAAGCGCUUCUUCAGCCCAAUUCACACCAAAGAUUUUUGACGAGAAGAGCUGCAACAUUCUAUAAACCUGCAACUU